GCGCUUGACUCCCCAGCUAGAAACCAUGCUGCUGUGGCUGACCCUCGCUCUCCUGUGGAGCAGCACCUGCUGGGCAGAUGAGACGUUUGGUCCCGGAGGAGGCACAUAUUUCAUGAUCUCCAAAAACAAUGAAGAUGAAUUAACUGGGAUUCGGGUGUUUAUAGGUCCUGUGGGACUAAUCAAGAGCAUCCAGGUAAGGUAUGGCUCCUCCUGGAGUGAAAAAUAUGGAAUCCCAGGUGGGAAGUCCUAUGAACUCCUCCUGCAGCCAGGUGAACACAUUACAAGAAUCUUUGGGAGGUACAGGAAAUUCAUCCAGUGCCUGACCAUGUACACCAGCCGAGGAAACAAGACCUCAUUUGGAAAGGAAAUUGGCAAGGGCUUCUUUGCUGCCGCCAGUCAGAACAGGAAGGUGCUCAUUGGAGUCUAUGGGCAGUACCGCCUCUAUGGCCUCACGAGCAUCGGCUUCCUGUGGGACUACCCUCGAGGGGGGAUGACCUCUGCUCAACACAAGUCAGUCUCUUCCGAAGAAUGA